AUGCCCUCCCCCAACCACACCCUAGUGACAGAUUUCAUUCUUCUGGGACUCACAGAUGACCCUUUGCUGGAGAAAGUGCUGUUUGCAGUGCUCCUGCUGGUCUACCUGAUUACACUGGCAGGAAACCUAUGUAUGAUAAUGCUCAUCAGGACCACUUCCCACCUUCAAACCCCCAUGUACUUCUUCCUGGGCCACCUCUCCUUCGUGGACAUCUGCUAUUCUUCCAGUGUCACUCCAAACAUGCUGCACAACUUCCUCUCUGAGCGGAAGACCAUUUCCCUGCCAGGUUGCUUCACGCAGUGCCUGCUUUUCAUUGCCCUUGUCAUCACUGAGUUCUACAUGCUGGCAUCCAUGGCCCUGGAUCGCUAUGUGGCCAUUUGCAGCCCCCUGCACUAUAGUACCAGGAUGUCCAGGAAUGUCUGCAUCUUACUAGUCACCUUCCCUUACCUAUUUGGCUUCCUGAACGGCCUGUCUCAGGCACUGCUGACUUUCCACUUGUCCUUCUGCGGCUCCCUGGAAAUCCAUCAUUUCUACUGUGCAGACCCUCCACUUAUUGUGCUGGCCUGCUCUGACACCCGUGUCAAAGAGAUGGCAAUGUUUGUUGUUGCUGGCCUCACUCUGUCGAGUUCUCUCUCCAUCAUUCUUCUGUCCUACAUUUUCAUUUUUGCAGCCAUCCUGAAGAUUCACUCUGCAGAAGGCAGGCACAAAGCCUUUUCUACUUGUGGUUCCCACCUGACCACGGUGACCAUAUUCUAUGGAACCCUGUUCUGCAUGUACUUAAGACCUCCAUCAGAGAAGUCUGUGGAAGAGUCCAAAGUAAUUGCAGUGUUUUAUACUUUUUUGAGUCCAAUGAUAAACCCACUGAUCUACAGCUUAAGGAACAAGGAUGUGAUCUGUGCCAUGGAGCAACUGGUCAAGGGGAAAGUUUUCCAGAAAAUUACGGUCUAG